AUGGCUCUUUUCUCUGUGAAUGGUGAUGAUGAUGGCAUUCUCCUCCAGGGUCAGAAUGGUGGAGUGAGUCAGGGAGAGUUUGAUUGCCCAGUGACGAUGCUGUCCCGAGGUUCACCGCUGUCAGCCUGCAGAAGACUGCAUGUGGUUGGAAACAGGAUCCUCUUGGAGCAGAUCUCUGAUCUGUUUAUUGCAGGAGUUAAAACAGACUUCACCUACAGCAGAAGCCCCGUGGAGGACAGGAAGGAGGUGGGCUGUCAGAGUGAGGCAGUGCAGGUGGAUGUGCUGAAUCAGCAGCUCAGCUGGAGACACUCAGGUCUUCCGGGUCCUGAUACGUCAAAGCCCCCUGCUGACUGCACGGCAGAGGAGAUGCUAAUGGCCGUUCACUCUCGGUUUAUGGACAAAGUGUCCGAAGCUGUCCUGAGCAGGCUGCUGGAUAAACUCCUGGAGCACCGCAUCAUCAUCGAUGAUGAAAUUGAUUUAGGCAGAGCGGAUGGAAGGGUGAAUAACGCCCGACGGGUGAUCGACAUGGUGCGGAGAAAAGGAUCCCAGGCCUGCUCGGCUCUGAUCGCCGCUCUCUGCAAGGUGGAUCCGUUUCUUUCAAAGGAGCUGCAGCUUAUGUGACGCACUGCCAGAUGUUUUCCAUCAGACACACAGAUCAGCACUCACAGGAGGGCAAAUUAUGACCCAUCUGUAACACUCAGAAGCAGCUAAUACCUUUCAGUAUUCAAUCGUCCAAUCCACUUACAGAGUGGAAACUUGAGCGCUGGCUCGUCUAUUUGUUUUGGUUUUCACAUCAAAGGUUUUCACAGAGACGAUUUUCUAUGCGUCUUUAUUGCUUUAUACAAACAAAGAUGUUCCAAACAGCAGAACAUGGCAGAGUUUCAGCAGGUUUCAAGACUGAAGUGUUCCAGAAAUUAGAUCUUGAGUCAAACCUGAACAAUGAGCUCGGUGAAAAAGUCCAACAGAAACCAACAGAUUAAUGAAGAUUUUGGCUGUUUUCAUGAUGUUGAAGUAAAACGUGUCAGACAGCAGAGGAUCGGACUGUUUUGUGUGUUUCUUUCUGUAUCUCUGAUCAACGUGAAAAUAAAAGAUGAGUUUCCUGUCA